GUUGUUGUGAGGGUGAAUUGAGCAGGCUACACUUCCUGCUAAGACACCAGGAGGAGGAGCAGAAAACAUCCGAGGAGAGGAAGGUGUCGCCAACUGAUGGGAAUACUUGAACAAAGAAAAACGAACAUUGAUCGACACCUGCCGUGGACUAGAAAGAUGCUGACUUCAUCGCCACAGUGACUAGGGAACAUCAGCAAGCUGACUCGCCAUGGCUGCCCGGCAUCAGAGACCAGCGGACAUGGCAGACGGCUCAAUGGAGUCCAAAAAGACUGAGAAAAAGUGCUCCUGGGCCUCCUACAUGACCAAUUCUCCAACUGUGAUUGUGAUGAUUGGGCUGCCUGCUCGGGGGAAAACCUACAUGUCCAAGAAGCUGACGCGCUACCUCAACUGGAUUGGAGUGCCGACUAAGGUAUUCAACCUUGGAGUUUAUAGGAGACAAGCCGUGAAGUCAUACAAGUCCUAUGACUUUUUCAGACAUGACAACGCAGAAGCCAUGCAAAUAAGAAAACAGUGUGCUCUGGUGGCACUACAAGAUGUCAAGUCCUAUUUCAAUGAGGAAGGAGGGCAGAUUGCUGUAUUUGAUGCGACCAACACCACCCGGGAGAGGCGGGAGCUUAUCCUUAAUUUUGCAAAGAAGAAUGCGUACAAGGUAUUUUUUGUGGAAUCUAUAUGUGAUGAUCCGGAUGUCAUCGCUGCAAACAUCCUGGAAGUGAAGGUGUCCAGUCCAGACUACCCAGAGAGGGACAGAGAGAGUGUUAUGGACGAUUUUCUCAAGAGGAUAGAAUGUUAUAAAGUAACUUACCAACCUUUGGAUCCAGAUGACCAUGACAAGUGCCUAUCCUUUAUUCAGGUCAUCAAUGUCGGCCGUCGGUUCCUGGUCAACAGGGUGCAGGAUUACAUUCAGAGUAAAAUUGUCUACUACCUCAUGAACAUCCACGUGCAUUCCCACUCCAUCUACAUAUGCCGACACGGAGAGAGCCAUCACAAUCUGCAAGGACGCAUUGGCGGAGAUUCUGAGCUGUCAGACAGAGGCAAACAGUUUGCUAUGGCACUGAAAGGUUUUGUGGAUGAACAUCGUCUGUCAGACCUGAAAGUUUGGACCAGUCAGCUGCGGCGCACCAUUCAAACUGCGGAGGAGCUUGGUGUUCCCUACGAGCAGUGGAAGAUCCUGAACGAGAUUGAUGCUGGAGUGUGUGAAGAGAUGACUUACAAAAUGAUUGAGGAAACCUACCCAGAGGAGUACGCCAUGAGGUACCAGGACAAGUAUCACUACCGCUAUCCUGGAGGAGAAUCUUACCAGGACCUGGUGCAGCGGCUGGAGCCAGUGAUCAUGGAGCUGGAGCGACAGGGCAACGUGCUGGUUAUCUGUCAUCAGGCCGUCAUGCGCUGCCUGCUCGCCUACUUCUUGGACAAGAGCGCCGAUGACCUGCCAUACUUGAAGUGUCCCCUGCACACUGUCCUCAAACUCACCCCAGUGGCAUAUGGUUGUAAAGUGGAUGUUUUUGACCUCAAGGUGGAGGCUGUCAACACUCACAGGGACAGACCAUUAAACAAAGAAAGGGGAGACGUUCCACCAGCUUUCUACCGGAGGAAUAGCUUCACGCCACUGUCCAGCCACGACCAGAUCAAACGACCUCGCCUCUACAGCGCCGACAACCAACCGCAGCCUCGCUUGUCCCAGACUCCCAUUUUACCCGGCAUGCCGUUCUCUGAGGCAUCGGAGGGCGUGGAGCUGUGAGAAAGAGAGGACUGCCUGAACGGCUUCAGUGCAGGAGACACAGAUGACUGUGUUGGCAAUUGAAGAAAAGUUUCUUUCAUUUAGUCUCGACCUUUGUACACUGCUGACCAAAUGUUUGUGCCACAUGUACCUUUCGCUUGUACCACCGCAAGUUGUUGUUUGUUUGCAACUUCAACAAAAUCGCUGUACAGGUCUGCCAUACAAACAGACUCUGUUCAUUUGUUGUUUGCAAAUAGGUAAGCUACCUACAGCAGGGGUGUCCAAACUUUUUUGUUUGAGUCCCGCAUACCUACCGGUAAUCAUGGACAUGGGCAGCUUUAAAAUUCAUCAACUUUAUUAAACACCCCAAAAUCAGUCAAGCAAGGAUUUUUUUAAUGCUGCUGGUAUUUUCUAGGUAUUUUGAAAAAGAAAAAAAUACCCUGCUCCUUUAAAGGUGAUAAGGCAAAUAGUUUAGAGAUUUUCAAAAUUUUGUGAGGGCCACGGGGCCCUGUGUCCCAGUAGACUCGUUACAGCACUGCACUGAACAGCAGCCGAAUCCCAUCUCCACAUUCAGAACCAAAACGAGUAAACUGUGGUGCCAUUGGCCUUUUUUUAAAACAGUGACUUGAGGAUGAUAAAUGUGAUAUGUUCAUAAAUCGGACCUUGACCUAGCAGAAAGUGAAACAAUUUAGCUUCUAAAACGGAAUGAUCUUUUUUUUCACCAGUGUUUUCAAGAGAAUUUUUAAAUGAUUUUAGUUCUAAAUCGUUUGUGUAGCUUUACAUAUCUAGAGUAUUCAUAAACAGUAGUGGCACCUAUUUUUUGAAAACCUCCUUUCUCCACCUCCAUAUAUAUAUAUAUAUAUAUAUAUAUAUAACAAGCCUUGCAAGCCGUGUCAAAUGUCAUUAUUAUUUUAUGGCACAAGCAGCUGAAAAGUGCCGUAGCUUGGACACCCCUGACCUAUACAGUGUCAAAUGUGUAAUCAAACAAUUGAGUGGAAACCUCUUAAUUAGCAUUUCAUUUUGCUGUCAUUAUACACUCUGCAAAAUGUAUUCUUUUACUUUUACUUUUGAUUUAGUUUUAGCAAUCAAUACUUAAUGGAACAACCUUGAUUUUACAUUGUGGCACUCCUUGUUGUGGGGAAAAAAAGAUCAGAUUUCAGGAACGUUGUCAAAGCAGACAGAAGUGUUUGCAUUUGCCGUCUUCUUUUUGUGG